CCUAAAAUUCUCGAGAUUCCCGCCAUCUAUGGUGUUGCGGUGUUGGGUUGUGAUCUGGCUGAUGUUUUGUGCUGUGAGAUCGUUUGUUUCGACAAACGCUGCAGCAAAGUGUGCUCUUCCUGUGAUAUACAUGUACAGUACCAGGCACUUUCUGUGCGAGUUGAGGCAACUGUCGUCUGCAAAUAGAACAGCAUUCUCCCGCCAAGUUUCCACCAUGUCCGCUGAGGGGGGAGGGGCAGAGGCCAAGUUGGCAGCGAUCCCUGAUGUAGAGAUUGACCCUGACGGGAAGUUCAAGUACAUCCUGAUCCGCUGCCAUGGUCCCGGUGAUGUCAGCAAGGACAUCGUCAGGGGGUUCGCCUGGGCGGAGUUCCACGACCACAUCUAUGGCAAAGUGAAGCCUGUGCUGGAUGAACUGCAGAUCCGGUCUGAGGUGCUAGGGGGCGGCAAGAUGACCCACGAGAGCGCCGAGAAGAAAAUCCAUGUCUAUGGAAAAUCCACUGGCUUUGGCCAGGCUGAUCACUCCAUCACUGUGGAGAAGCUGAAGAAGAAAUUUCCUGACUACUCCAGCAUCACCUUCAACAAUGAGGGGUACUGAAGACACGAAGAGUCUGACAACUUCUUAAAGAGUGGCUCUAAAGAGUACUCUUAUCUCUAACAGGACACAAACUUUUGAAUUCUUAUUUACUCCCCUUGCAAGGGUAUGUGUAACAAAGACUUCCAGUGGUUGGCCAGUGCAAGUGCACUUGCUACAGAACUGCACUGUUGUUAGGAGUGUUUUCUACGUAUAGUUUUGGCUAUGGUAUGAAACUAAGUUCUUGUGUUGUCAGCUAAAUUGUUUGUUGAAAGGACUUGCUAUAAAACUACCCUGUUGUAAGGAAGUUGUGCUGUUUUCUGUAUAAUUUUGAUGAUGAUGAGAAGUUAAAUUUCUUCAAUGAGGUUAUAGGCCUCAGUUUCUUGCAUUGAAAUUCUCAAAGUAUGUUAAAAUAGCUACUCAUGAGGUUCUCUAAAAUGUCCACAGCCUCACAGAGGCUGCUAGUUUGAUAAUAUGAUGACUGUCAUUAUUACAU